AUGGAUUAAAUAAAUUCUUGGAGUAAUUGCACUCUUUCAAUUGGAGAAGAAGUCUAACAAAAGGAGAAGAAUGAAUUGCAUGACGCAAUCAACAAUUAUCAAAAGUUAGAAGUGAAAGGCAAGGGAAGUUAUGGGGCUGCUUAUUUGGCCAUACAAUUGAAUACAAAACUAUAAUGCAUCAUCAAGGUUUGAUAGCAUUUAAUUUAUAUAGGUUAUUGAUAUCUCAAAUAUGAAUAGUAAAUAAAAGGAAAAUGCUAUAUGUGAGGCCAAGAUUAUGAAAGAUCUAAAGCAUCCCAGCAUCAUUAAAUAUUAUGAGUCAUUUUUUGAAAAUGUGUAAUUUGAAAUUUAUAAGAUAGUACAAAUUUAUGUAUAGUUAUGGAAUAUGCUGAAAAGGGCAAUUUGGAAUAAAUGUUGCUCGAAUAUAAAUAGAAUAAUGAAUAUUUAAAUGAAACUGUAAUAAUUGAUUGGUUUACUCAAUUGUGUUUGGCUGUUAAAUACUUACAUGAUCAAAAUAUUAUUCACAGAGAUAUUAAAACAUAAAAUAUCUUCAUAACCAAGGAUAACUUUAUUAAAUUGGGCGAUUUUGGAAUUGCUAAGGAAAUGGAAUGUAAAGAAUAAUUAUGUAAAACUUCAAUUGGAACUCCAUAUUACAUAAGUCCGGAGGCCUUUCAAUCUAAACCUUAUUCUCAAAAAUCUGAUAUGUGGAGCUUAGGGUGUGUUUUGUAUGAAAUGAUAUCACUCAGACAUGCAUUUGAUGCUAAAAGUAUUUGAAACAAGAUUUUACUCAUAGCCAUUGAAGGUUUAGGCAUUAAGAUUCUAAGGGGAUAAUAUCCGCCCAUUCCCAAGCACUAUUCAGAUGAACUCAAAAAUUUAGUUACUAAAUUAUUAGUAGUAGAUCCAAAUAAAAGAUUCAAUAUUAAUGAUUUAUUAAAAUAGGAAAUCCUACUUAAUGGUGCUAAAAAAUACUUGGAAAAAUAUACGUUACACUUAUAAAAGUCAACAAUGAAUACAUCAAACAACUUCAAUGCAUGUAAACUUGAGGAACUGAGAAUGAGUCUAGAAAGCCAAUUAGGAUUAAAAAGGUUGUAGGAGUACAUUUAAUAAAUUGUAAAAAUAAUUUAUUUAUAAGUUUAGGAAAGUGAUACGUUAGAUUUUAAUAAUGAUUUAAGUGAAAAGACUAUCAGAGAUAUUGAGUUGCUCAUACAACUUGAAAAAUAAAUAUUUUGA